AUUUAAUAGGGAUUCAAUGCCUAAUCUCUCUAUAAAUAGGCAUAUCCGUGACUAGCUAGUUCUUGUUCCAACUCGACAAGAAAAUCCAAAAAAAAAAGGGGCAGAUGGAUAGAAUUCUUCUCGUCUUAGCUUUCGAAUUCAUCCUUUUAUCCAUUCUGUCUUCAUCUGGCCUCAUCCAAUGUACCAGAGAAGAUGAUGAUCAUGACUUUGUGAGAAGCCUCGAUCGGGGGGUGCUGGAUCUAAAGAAAGAAAAGCUAAGCCAUUUUCGCAUCUAUUGGCAUGACAUUGUCAGUGGUCGAAACGCUACAUCUGUCCGAGUAGUUCAACCCUCAAACAUAUCGGCAACGGGGUUCGGUAUAAUCAGCAUGAUAGAUGAUCCGUUAACCGAGGGGCCUCAGUUAAGCUCAAAAAUGGUUGGAAGGGCACAAGGAUUCUAUGCACUCUCAUCACAAGAAGAAAUAGGCCUGUUGAUGUCCAUGAACUUUGCUUUUACUCAAGGAAAAUACAACGGUAGCACCAUUACAGUGCUGGGGAGAAACAUAGUUUUCAACAAGGUGAGAGAGAUGCCGGUGAUCGGAGGCAGCGGCCUUUUCCGGUUCGCGAGAGGCUAUGUUCAGGCAAGAACUCAUACAUUUAACCUCAAGACAGGAGACGCCAUAGUUGAGUACUCUUGUUAUGUGCUGCAUUAUUGAAUAUUUGACCUAAUUUUAUUCAGUUAUUUUCUGUGUUGAUGCAUGCUUGCUUUGAUUGUCGGCCACUUUCAAUUAUUUCUAUGAGGGUGGGAUGGUUUAUUUUACUUCUUACACUUUAAAGAAAUAAAAAACUAUGAUUAAAGUU